AUGCCGCCCUUCCUAAAAGACCUAGGCCCUUUCUUGGCCUUGCUGUUAGCUCUAUGUGGACUCCUUGUACACAGCCAGAGCCUCUCCUGGAGACAAUUUAUGAAACAGCACCACCUGAGCACAAGCCGGGGAUUUGAGGAGUACAGAUGCACUGAUCUCAUGAGGGACAAAAAGGUUCCAAAAGACAACCACCACAUCUUUGUUUAUACCUUAUGGCGCAAAAUCGAGCAUAUAUGCAAUAGGAACUGGAGAGAUCGCUACAGAAAUGUAUAUAUAUGGACCCAGCAUCCCUUCAAAAUACUCAAGUGUUACCAGAAUAAAAAUAUCUAUAGAGAGAGCAGGAGCUACAGCUAUAUUGAAUUCCACUGUGGCAUGAGUGGGUAUGUUGAUAGCAUCGAGGACACCCAGUUGUUUAAGAGUAUCAGAAAAUAG